AUGGCCCCCUCUCGCGCGCAAGGAGGCAAGAUGCUCUCCCUCCUCAACUAUCGGCUGCGCGUGACCCUCAACGACGGACGCCAGCUCACGGGCCAGAUGCUCGCCUUUGACCCUCACAUGAAUCUCGUACUUGCAGACACCGAAGAGUUUCGACGCCUCAAGCGCGGGUCAAAGGCCGCGAAAAAGGCUGCAGCCGCCGCAGAUGGGGAGGAGGACGAUGAUGACGAGAGCAGCUCAGCGCCGAUGCCGAGCGCCGAGCAGAAGAGGACACUCGGACUCAUCAUCUUGAGGGGGGAAACUGUCGUCUCGCUGAGCGUAGAGGGACCGCCACCACCGGAGAAGGGAGCAGCAGCAGCAGCAGCGGCGGGUGGUGUACCGCCUGGAGCUGGGAGAGGGAUGCCAGCUGGGAGAGGCAUUGGUUUGGCCGCUCCUCCUCCUCCUGGAGCUAUGGCAGCGCGACCUAUGCCGUACGGACGACCGCCCCCGCCGAUGGGCAUGCCUGGUGGACCUCCCCCAGGCUUCCCCUCUGGACCACCCCCUGGCUUCCCUAGUGGACCUCCGCCUGGUUUCCCGGCUGGUGCACCCCCACCGGGCUUCAGGCCUCCUCCUGGGUGA